AAGAAGAAAGUGACACGAAGAAAUGACACAAGCGGGGCUUACGCAGCGGAGAUAAAGCGCGACAUUAUUUGGUCAAUGCAUCAAAAAUACAAUCAAGACCUUCUUCAUUCACUACCAUCAGCGUGUGUGGGAUUAGAGAAGGGGGUCAUUUGUGAUCAUGUCUGACAGGAAGAGGUCGUCUUCGGAUAUGGCAGAAGGAGGGUCUGCGUCCACAUCAAAAGACGUACGAAGUGAUGCUACCAAUCCAUCUUCUUCUUCACAAGGUCAACAAGCAAGGCGGACAAGACGCUUAGACAUAGACCCAUCAAAACGUGGAAAUCGAAUGUUUGGCUUGCUGAAUUCAACUCUAGCAAAAGCAAAAGAAGACAACGAAAAGAGAGUAGAAGCCGCACGUAAGCGAGCAGAAAUUGAAGCUCGUCUCCAGCAAAAGUUGCAAAAUGAAACAGUACGACAAAAACAGUUGGAAGAGCUGAGCAAGAAAUUGAAACCAUUGGUGCGACAACUGCAUGAGAUCGCGAUCGAGAUCGAAUCGAAAGAAGCGGCUAUUCGUUUACGAAAAGCACAGAAGCGAAGAUUGGCAAGCUUUUUGAUCACGACGAGCGAAUUGAGUACGUAUGACGGAAAGAUUGCAAGACAAACUUCGGUUGAUGAAAAAGUUCUUGCGCCAGAUGUUACUCUGACAUUGGCACCAAUCGGACCAAGACAUCCAAAGUUGGUCAUGAGACCAGAUUCUCAUCCGAUCUACUUUUUGCCAAAGAAGAAUUUGAACACUCAAGAUGAUCGCCUAGACGAACAGGAGGAUCGAGUAGAUGACGAGAUCGAUGAUGCUGAUAAGGCCUGGGGAACAGAAAAAGCGCAUUUGCAGGAUAAGAUGAAUGCUUUGAAGGAUACCAUACUUGACAUCAAAUCAGAAAUGGACAAAAUUGAGGCAGGGCAAGGAGAAAGAUCUAUAAAAAGCGGGAAAGACAAGGCAGACACGGAGAUGCAAGAGGUAAAAGCAGAAGACCACAAUGAUGACAAGAUGAUGGAGACGGGCGCUUAAUAGCACCGAGAGCAUUGUAUUUAUAGCA